AUGGUGGUUGCUAAGGUCACAUAUGAAGAGUUGCGUCGUCAAAUAAUGGAGGAGAAAAAGAAAAGGUUCGAAGAGUUCCAUCUUCCCCAGCUCUCUUCAGCUCUCAAGAACUCUUCUCCUAAACCCUCUCCGAUGAAGCAGUCGAAACCUCGCACAAUUCGAAAAGAAGUUGCAGUGAUGGUAAGAAGGUCGAAUCGUGUCGCAAAUAAGCCUGCCCCUGAUUACAAAGAAGCCGCCACUUUUGAGCGUUUCGAGUAUCGUGGAAGAGAAGUGGACCACGGAGGAGGGACUUGUCGAAUCGGGUAUAUGCUUCUGAUGCAGCUAGAAGAGCUGGAAUCGAGUCUAGGAGACAAUUAUCCUACCCUUUUGAAGCCAAUGCUACCUUCACAUGUCACGGGUGGGUUCUGGCUGGGCAUUCCAGUUUAUUUCUGUAAGAAAUACCUUCCAAGGCGCGAUGAAACUGUUACAUUGGUAGAUGAAGAGGGAGAAGAGUACCCAGUAGUCUACUUGGCCCGGAAAACAGGACUUGGUGGUGGAUGGAAAGGUUUUGCGGUUGAUCAUGAGCUGGUGGAUGGGGAUGCAGUGGUGUUUCAAUUAAUUCGGCCUACUGUACUUAAGGUGUACAUUGUAAGGGCGAACAGUUCUGAAGAAGGUAACGGCGUCUAACCCUCCGAUUUUUAGCUAUUGGG